AUGGUAGCAUUCAUGGUCGUGCCACUUCUACAGACUUCCAUGACCAGCAAAUCAGACAAAUGCCCUCUGAGAGGUGCCCUCUCUAACCUUCAUGAGUUGUACCAACCAGGGAACUUCCUGCUUGGUGGGAUUGUUUCUCAGAUUGGCUAUGUGUUUUGUGACAUAGACUUCAAGAAAAACCCUUCAUCAGACUUGUUUGAGGUUCCCACUGCUGUGACUAAGUUGUACCAGCAUGUCCUGGCCUUGGAAUUCGCCAUCAGUGAGGUCAAUGAGAAUACCCAGAUCUUGCCCAAUAUCACACUUGGCUUCCACAUCUCGGACAGCUAUUAUGAUGCGAGAGUGACCUAUCUUAGCUCUUUGGACCUCAUCUUCAAGAUACAUCGAAGCUUCCCCAAUUAUAUGUGUGACACGCAUAAAAACCUGAUGGCUGUCAUUGGGGGUUUUUCCUCUGAUACCUCCUUUCAAAUGGAAGAUAUCUUCAGUCUUUAUAAGAUUCCACAGCUAACAUAUGGUUCAUUUGCCCCAGAGGAGAGGGAUACAAAACCGUUCCAUUCCUUUUACCGCAUGGUCUCAAAUGAAGAACAUCAGUAUAUAGGGAUUAUCUGGCUGCUUCAGCAUUUUAGCUGGAUGUGGGUCGGGUUGUUUGCUGUGGAUAAUGACAAUGGAGAACAUUUCAUGAAGGUCCUGGAGCCACUGCUUUCCAAACAUGGAAUCUGUUCAGCCUUCACUGAAAGAUGUCCAAACACACUCGGCACGGACAAUUUAUUUGAUGUUAAUGAGUUACUCUCAAAUAUAUUUCGACCUUUCACAGAGAGCAAUGCGAAUGCAUAUAUCUUCUACGGAGAAUUAAUGGAGCAGGGGGUGCCCCUUUCCUUGUGCAAUGAUUACUGCCAGCCUGGCUAUCACAAGAGGAAGAAGGAAGGGAAGAAAUUCUGCUGCUACGAUUGUGCUCCCUGUCCACAAGGGAAGAUUUCAAACCAUGUGGAUAUGGAUGACUGUGCUGUAUGUCUGGAAAAUCAGUAUCCAACCAAGGAUCAAGAUCAAUGUAUUUCCAAAAUGACAAACUUCCUAUCAUAUGAAGAACCUUUAGGCAUCUCGUUGACUUCCAUUGCUCUUACCUUAUCUAUAAUCACACUGUUGGUUCUAGGAAUUUUUAUUAAGUACCAAGAUACCCCCAUAGUCAAAGCCAACAACCGAGAUCUCAGCUACACACUUCUGGUCUCCCUUCUGUUUUGUUUCCUCUGUUCUUUGCUUUUCCUUGGAAAACCAAGUAAACUAACCUGCUGGCUCCAGCAACCUGCUUUUGGCAUCAUCUUCUCAGUGGCUGUUUCUUGUGUGUUGGCCAAAACCAUCACUGUGGUUGUAGCUUUUAUGGCCACCAAGCCAGGGACCGACAUGAGAAAGUGGGUUGGGAGAAGACUGAGCAAUUCUAUUGUACUUUCCUGCUCUCUUAUUCAAGCAGGGUUUUGUGUGGUGUGGCUGGGAACGUUCCCCCCUUUCCCAAAUUUAGAUGCACAGUCCUUGACUGAAGAGAUAGUGAUACAAUGCAAUCCAGGGUCUAUCACCAUGUUCUACAUGAUCUUAGGCUACAUGGGACUUCUUUCCAUUUUCAGUUUGACGGUGGCGUUCUUUGCUAGGGAUUUGCCAGACAGUUACAACGAGGCCAAGUUCAUCACCUUCAGUAUGCUGAUAUUUUUCAGUGUUUGGUUGUCUUUUAUUCCAACCUACCUGAGCACCAAAGGAAAAUACAUGGUAGCCGUGGAGAUCUUCUCCAUUUUGGCCUCUAGUACUGGGUUACUUUGCUUUAUCUUUUUCCCAAAAUGUUACAUUAUUCUGCUGAGACCUCAACUGAAUCACAGGGAACAGCUAAUUAGGAGAAAUACCUAG